UUUUACCAAAAAAAAAAAAAAAAACCUUGGUGUCGGAAGUUGCAAGCAACAUACGCAUUGGAGGUGCCUCACGUGCUGCUUGUUAUAGUGCAACCACUAAGAGAGCGUGCCACCUGACACGUACGGUAACAUGGACUAAACAAUUUCAACAAAAUUUGGAUUGAACCGAAUACUAUGAAACUAAAUAGAACUGAAAGUAAAUAGAAUUUAAAACUAAAAUAACCAAAAUCUCUUAAAAGUUAGUGAUUUUUAAUUAAUCAUAAAAAAAAUCUAUUAGAAGAUUAUGUACAAACAUAUAUUAAAUCUUUUCAAAAUAGAAAACAAUAUAAAAAUAUAUCUAAUUUCAACAGUACAUAAUUUAAAGAUUUUAAGUAGCAUAUCUACACAAGAUACUAUCACAAUUAUCAUGCAUUAAUGAUGUUUUGAUUUUAAAUAACUAUAAUUUUUAAAAAAUUAAAGUACCCACACCCUAUAAAUAUCCUACAUCAUUUGGUUGAAUCAAGCACCCUUCAAAAAUUCAAAAUUGUGAUAAAAGUACGUGACUAUAAUAAUCUUGAGUCAAAUAUUGUUUGUAUACACUCAUUACGUUGUAAUUAAUGGAGAAUCAAGAGGGAUCAGGAAAUUUUCCAAGAUGGGAAAAUAUGGAUAAAGACAUACUUUCAAAUAUUUUCAAGAAGCUCGACGUAGUGGACGUUAUCAUGGGAGCAUCACGAGUGUGCAUCACAUGGUUCCUUGCCUCUCACAACAAAACUAUAUGGAACACCAUCAAACUCAACGAUCUUGAUUCAAUCAUUUUGGAUAACCCUUUCAGCCCUAAUCUUCAGGCUAGUGAUAGUCGAUACCAGCUCAGGAAGAUCUUAGCUGAGAUCAACAAAUUCGCCCGUACUAUCCCGAAUUCUUUUUUCUUCAACGUAUAUUGCAGUGUAGCAGAAGAGGACCUUGCGAUCAUUUCUAAUGGGAUGCCGAACAUCCAAAAACUUGCAUUACCAACGUGGACAUCUCUAGAUAUAAAUUCAAUUCAGUCAGCCUUUAGUAAAUGGCAGAAUCUUCAAACGUUGAUUAUUCACCCAUUUAUAUCAAUGACGGUACGUGAAGUCUCCAGCGUUGAGCUUCAAGACUUGGGAGAAAACUGUAGAAAUCUUACAACCAUGAAAUUUACUGCUAUGUUGAGCAAAGACCUUGCCAAUAUAAUUGUAUGCAAUUUUCCGAGCCUCGAGCGACUGAGCUUUCGAUGCAAUUAUGCAUGUAUAGAUGCAUCAAUAUCGCUCAUCAUUGGCCUUCCAAACCUAAGGAUAUUUAAUCUUUCACAUUGUAUUUUUACGCAAAAUACCGGAACUGGUAAGUCGUGUAUAUUAGGAAUGAGACCUAAGGACGAACUUGUACAAGCCGGCACUAAAAAGCUUGUCUGUUUAUGGUGUGUUGUUCGGACUGUACAAUUUGCCAGGACGUAUGGAAACACGCGAAUAAUCCAAACCGUUACGGGCUCGAGUUUCGUUAUGUUAAGGAAGAACGGUGGAAAACAGAUGAGAUAAAAGAACUAGAGUUAUGUGAACCUAAAAACAAGACUGUUAUAUAAAUUUCUAUUUUAAAAUUUUAUACUUUUAUUUGCACAAUAGAAAUUAUGUAAUUUCUUGUAAUAUAUAACUUAAAUAUAAUAUAUAUAAUUUAAAAACAGACUCA